AUGUCAAAGCAAGGCGCGAAUGUAUCUCUUAUGGAUAAGCUGGAUUCCUUCAUCGACAUGGCCCGGGAGGUUGUCGAGAUAGCACCGCCAGAUGAUCCUGAUCGCAUCAUCUGGCUUCACGAGCUGGGGAAUACUCUAAGUCGUCGCUUCACCGUUGCUGGGGUACUCGCUGAUCUGGAGGAUUCAAUCAAGGUGGGGCAAGAAGCAAUCGAUGCCGCUCCGAAUGAUUACAUUCAUCGAGGCGCUCUCUUGGACAGUCUCGGCGUUCACCUUGCCAUUCGAUUUGCCAAAAUUGGAUCACUGUCUGAUCUAGAACAAGCUAUUCAAGUUACACGGCAGGCGAUCGAUGUGGCAGCGGACUCCGAUGAUGAUAGAGCCUUCCGGCUGACGCACUUAGCAAACCACCUUGGAGAGCGCUACGAGCGAACAGGGUCUUCUAUAGAUCUGGAAGAGGCGAUAGAAGUGGCUCAAUCAGCCGUAGACUUGACUCCACUCGACGACUUCAAGAGACCGGGGCGACUUAAUACUCUUGCAAACCAGCUACACGAACGAUAUGCAAGAACUGGGAUUCUUGGAGAGCUCAACAAAGUUAUUGACAUCUGUCGUGGCAUCACCAAAGUUACUGCCGAGGGCUCUUCCGAUCAUGGUCUCUUCAAGUCCAACCUCUCCGGUCAUCUUGGAGAUCGCUACCUCAGGACAGGCGACACCAAAGACCUUGAUGAAGCAAUUCAACUCGCACAAGAGGCAUUGACCACCUUGCCUUCAGGACAUGCAGAUAUUCCUAGCCUUUCGAGUAAUCUCUCCAUCUGGCUUGCGAAGCGUUAUAUACGGUAUCGAGAAACGACUGAUGUUGAAGAGGCUAUCAAGAUGGGGCACCAGUCCAUUACCGUCGCUCAACCGGGAAACCCCAGUCUUGCUCAAUACAUGAGCAAUCUUGCAGACUGUUACUGGAAUCGCCAUACCUUGACUAAUUGUAUGGAUGACUUUGAGGCUGCCGUGAAUUUCUAUCGCUCGGCUCUGGAUCAUUUGAACUCCAACAUCCAAACAAGAAUCGCAGUUGGAAAAUUUCUCUUUGAGACAUUUGCACAUGCCUCGAAAUGGCAGCAUGCUCUUGACGCUUCACAAGCGGCCUUUGACUUACUGCCACAACUGACACCAAGGUCACUUGGCUUCGUCGAUAAGCAGCGUAUGCUAGGUCGAAUAGUAGACCUUGCAUGCGAUACUGCAGCCGUGGCACUUCAUGCUGGCAAAGAACCGUUUUUUGCUCUGAGCGUACUGGAGAAAGGCCGCGGAGUACUUGCCGCAGCAAUCGAGCAGAUCCGCGUUGACGUUCUGGAUCUAGAACAGAGCCACCCUGAUCUCGCAGGACGAUUUCUGGAACUCGGCCAAGUGCUCGACGCGCCUAUCCAAAGUGGUGAUUCAGUCUCAGCUCAGGUUAUCGCAAACCGUCGUGGCGAGGCGAGUGAAGAAUUAGAACACCUCAUUGGUGAGAUUAGGAAACAUCCGGGGUUCAGUGACUUUCUAGAACCGCCGAACGAAGAUGACUAUCGAGCUGCGGCUAGUUCAGGCCCUGUCGUGGUUAUCAACCUGAGCAAGUUUCGCUGCGAUGCCAUUCUUGUUGAACAACAUCAAAUCAGAUCCUUACCGCUACCUGAUUUAACUGUGGACAAAAUGAAUGAGAAAGAGAGCUCGGAUUCAUUGACGAGUCCUCUUAUGAUGGAAUGGCUUUGGGAUAUAGCUGCCGGCCCUAUUCUGCAGGAACUUGGUAUUCAAGGCCCUCCGCCAGACGAUGAUUGGCCUCACAUCUGGUGGGUUCCAACCGGUAGACUGAGUAGGCUCCCAUUCCAUGCCUUUGGACAUCAUCACCCAGGAUCAACCAAGACCGUACUGGAUAGAGUUAUAUCUUCGUACAGUUCAUCGAUUCAAGCCCUUAUCAACGGCCGAAAGCUUCGUUCAGAUUCGGCCCAAGAUAAAGCUGUUUUAGUAGCAAUGGAAGAUACUACUGGUCAGAUCAAGCUUCCGUUCGUCAAAGAAGAAGUCUCAGCAAUCGCCAAACUCUGCAAGUCAAUGAACCUCGAGUCUCGCGUUCCCGAGCAACACAAGCAAGCUGUUUUGAAGGAGCUCCAUAAUUGCAAAGUCUUCCAUUUUGCUGGGCAUGGCAAGACGGACGGCAACCCUUCUCAAAGUGGACUACUUCUGACCGAUGGCAUACUCACAGUAUCUGAACUUAUGGAUAUAAAUCUUCGGAGAAAUGCUCCGUUCUUGGCAUAUCUUUCUGCCUGCGGGACGGGUCAAAUUGGAGGGAAUGCCUUCUUCGAUGAGAGCAUCCACCUGAUCAGCGCAUGCCAGCUAGCGGGAUUCCAGCAUGUAGUCGGUACACUCUGGGAAGUCAGUGAUAAGUCGUGUGUUGAAAUAUCACAGACUGUGUACGAGUCGAUAAGAGAUGAGGGGUUCUCUAACAGAUCUGUCUGCUGGGGUCUGCACAAAGCUACAAGGCAGCUCCGAGAUAAGUGGUUAAGUACACCAGAGCAACACCCGGACCGGAUGGCCAGCAGUGAGAGAGAUGAGAUAUGGUCAAGAGACAUUCUUUCUUGUGGUGAGGAUGAGGAGAAGAUGAAGAAACUUGUGUGGGUUCCCUUUGUGCAUUUUGGAUAA